GCAUCGCAUUGACCGCAUUCAAUUCACCAAAUCUUGCGUUUGAUUAGCAAUGUCAGCCAGAGAAUAAACCUGCAAUCCGGAGCAAAGCCUCCAGCAUCGGACUAAAACCUAUCUACCAGCGCCGAGGAAAGAGCACAGAGUCGAUCAUGAUAUCCAUGCCUCCAGUUAUGAAUGAUCAGCCCAGGAAUAGCUCAAAGCAGUCCCUCAGUUGGCUCUCCUCAGACAACAGCAACUCUUCGAUCACAACCUCUGACCUACCCGAGGAAAUAGUCAAUCCCUGGGACAUCGCCCUUUGUGUGGUGGGCACUGUGAUCUCUUGCGAGAACGCCAUCGUGGUGGCUGUCAUCUUCUACUCGCCGACACUCAGGGCUCCGAUGUUCAUCUUGAUUGGGAGUUUAGCUCUGGCUGAUCUCCUCGGAGGACUGGGCUUGAUCCUCAAUUUUAUCUUCCUCUACCUGCUAAACUUCGAAGCCGCUAAACUGGUCUCAGCCGCCCUCCUGAUCGCUUCCUUUUCGGCUUCGGUCUGCAAUUUGCUUGCCAUCACCAUCGACCGUUACUUGUCAUUGUAUAACGCCCUGACAUACCACACCGAGAGAACCACGACUUUCACCUACUUGAUGCUUUUGGUUGUGUGGGUCACAUGUCUCAGCCUGGGCUCACUGCCCGUUGCGGGCUGGAACUGCCUGGAAGACGAGACCACCUGUAGUGUAAUCAAACCAAUCACCAAAAACAAUGCCGCAGUCCUCUCAGUCUCCUUUUUGCUGAUAUUCGCCUUGAUGUUGCAACUAUACGUUCAAAUCUGCAAAAUAGCCUUCAGGCACGCCCAACAGAUCGCCAUACAGUACCACUUUGUGGCGACCUCCAACACCUCGACAAGGAAAGGAAUCUCCACCUUAUCUAUCAUCCUGGGAACCUUCGCCGCUUGCUGGAUCCCUUUCGCGAUCUACUGCCUGGUUGCAGACUCCAGUUAUCCUUUGAUCUACACCUAUGUCACGGUCUUACCAGCUACCUGCAAUUCAGUCAUUAAUCCUAUUAUUUAUGCAUACCGGAACCCUGAUAUCCAAAAGUCGCUCUGGGUGGCUUGCUGUGGUUGUAUUCCAUCCAACUUUUCAUUCAGACCAAGGUCGUCCAGUGACGUAUAGUGUCUUCUGUUUCGUGGGAUUUUAUUUUUUCAACAAUUAUUAUUUGUAAUUUUUAUUUUUUUACUGGAGCUAUUUAAACAAAUCAUCCUUUAAUUAAAAUGUGAGAAACGAGGAAGGUGUAUUUUUGAGAGUAAUAUUUUCGCAUUGUUAGUGGAAUAACAUUAUUAGCGCCCCCAGCGGUUUUCUGUAAAUUCAUGGUCUAAACCCCAUCACGUAAAACUAAAGCUGCAAUGUAUUGGACAGGGCGGAAGCAAGCACUGUACACGUAGAAAUGUAUUGAAACAGCAGGCGGACUGCUGAAAUAAUUCUGUGAGGGGCAAACUUAUUUUUAAGACGUGGAACUCAGAGAUUCUGAUGAAGAUAGAAAUGUUGGAAUGUCUCAGUAAUCAAUUUUGGUGUUGUUCAGGAAAUGGUAACUUUCCUUAAGUUUAAAGCAAUGCCGGCAUGUGAUGCACUUUAAGCUACCUAAUUAGAGCCCGUGCUCUAAACGUCUUUAUCUAUUUAUCAAACAUCUGUACGUCUAUAUCUAUCAUUUAUUCUGACGAAACUUAAACUGUGAAUUGAUUUUCUUUUCAAUUCUGUGCCGCAGAUUUAAUUUCGAAACAAAUACAAAAACUGCAUAUUAUGGGAUGGGGUGUUAGUGUAUCAGACUGACAGUGAUCCCUGGAUAUGGCAUAAAUUGCGGCAGAGAACGAAAUAUUCAUUUAUUCUGCAGCAGAGCAAGUUUAACUUAAAGUACACAUUCGUUCUUUAUUACUUCUCUUUUUAAAGGUUCACGAUAUUUAUUUCGAAAAUCUCUAUUUUUUUCAUAUUGGAGAUCAAUACCUCAAAUUGUAAUCUAGUAUACACCAUAUUGCUGAAGUCCUGUGUUAACUAGACAUUUUCCGGUGUAGGGACUGACGUGAGAUUAAAAUCUAGUAAGAAAAAGAUUUUCAAGAAAUUAUUAAAUAAAAAAACAAUAUAAUUUCCACCAGCUCUUGUAACCCCCUCACCACCGAGACAUCAGGUAGAUCCUUUCCAGAAUUCACCGGGCACUUUGUAAACCAACAAGCCAAUUAGAGACAAUUGCCAAAGCAUUUUGCCAACAUUCCCUCCUUAUGAGGAGUUUGACACCAACCAUUUUAAUUCAGCCAUUAUUUGCCAAUAGUUUAGAAACUAUCCGGGCAGAUUUGAUGGGAUAAAGGUUUCUUUACCCUCCUCAUCUAUCCUAAGAUUGCACUUUAUCAAACUAAGGUAUUAAAAUAUAGCACCACUUUCCCCCACCGUCAAAUGUGCGACAGUCUAUUUAUUGCUAAAAUUGGUUUAUUUUGAUAUGGUUGCAUA